GGACGUGAAACCCCAGAACAUCUUGUUGGCAAAGGACGGUAGCGUCAAGCUCUGCGACUUCGGGUUCGCCCGGGCCAUGGGCAGCGGUACGACGGUGCUGACGUCCAUCAAGGGCACCCCCCUGUACAUGUCGCCGGAGCUGGUGGAGGAGCGCCCCUACGACCACACGACGGACCUGUGGUCCUUGGGCUGCAUCCUGUACGAGCUGGCUACUGGUGGGCCGCCCUUCUACACCACCAGCAUCUUCCGCCUCGUGAGCCUCAUCCUUCAGGAUCCCGUCCGUUGGCCGCCAGGCCUCAGCCCCUGCUUCCAGAGCUUCCUGCAGGGCCUGCUGACCAAGGACGCCACGCUGCGCCUCGCCUGGCCCAACCUCCUCAGCCAUCCCUUCGUCGCCGGCCGGCUCACACUGGUCCCAGAGCCGGGCACCCCAGCUCUGAGCGGCCCCGACAGCGGCCAGCCGCCCCCCGAGCCGCCCAAGGAGGAGCAGGCCCAACUGCGGCACCCCGGGAACCCCGGCCACGAGGGCAGGGAUCCAGCGGCGCUCCGAGCCCCAUUGCAGACCACCGCCCGCCGAGGAGGUGAAGCCAAGGGGGCGUCUACUACUCUGGCCUCACGGCCCGGGCCGAGAAGCGUCUCCCCAGCCUCGAUGCCCACCGGGGCCGGCUGCCUACCCCCUUCCUCGUCCUCCUCGUCGUCUUCCUCCUCGUCCUCCUCCUCCUACGACAGCAGCCAGGAUGAGUGGGAGAUGACCGAAGGCCCCCCAACCCCACGAGAGCAUCGGAUCUCCCUGGACUACGAACGAGAGUUCCCGCACACGCCGAGGGCCCCACACUCCGGCCCCAACGCUGCCCGCAAGGACACCGAGGGGGCAGAGGAUGGAGCGUCGUGCCCGCUGCCCGUCGUCCGCCUGAUGGAGUGUCUCCUGGCUGCCCAAGCCCAUCCGGCCCCGCUGUCCGGCCUGGGAUGCCAGGGCCCACCGCCGGGCCUUGGACCGGACAAUGCCCAGCUCCAGGAGCAGCCCCGGACUUUCUUCACCAGCGACUUCAACCUGGAGGAGAGUCAGACGUCAGAGAGCCUGCAGAUGUUUCGGGAGGCCACUGGCCUCUUCCUGGACCUCCUGAGGAAGUUUCUGGAUCAUCCGGACGACUCCCACCCUCCCCUGAGAGCCGACGGCCUUAAG